AAAAGCAAAUAACUAAGCUUGUUGAAGAGUAUCUACGAGGUUCCAUUGUUCCAUAUCUCUCUCUCUGGUAUAGCAACUUAUUAAUUGAACUCGAUGGAUCAAACAACAAAAGUUUCUGUAGCUCCAACUCCAUGUGAUGAUGAAGGACACCUAGUUACAGUGCUUAGUAUUGAUGGGGGUGGCAUUCGAGGAAUCAUUCCAGGAAUCAUACUUGGUUUCCUCGAAUCAGAACUUCAGAAGCUGGAUGGUGAUGAUGUAAGAUUGACAGACUAUUUUGAUGUGAUUGCGGGAACAAGCACAGGUGGAUUAGUCACAACAAUGCUUACUGCUCCAAAUCAAAAUAAUCGACCCUUGUAUGCAGCCAAAGAUAUUAAGAAUUUCUUCCUUGAACACAGUCCAAAAAUCUUCCCACAAAAUAAAACUUUAUUCUCAUUUAUGGUGAAGUUGUUCAGAACUCUCUUUGGCCCACAGUACAACGGCAAGUAUUUACACAGAAUUCUGAGGGAAAAACUAGGAGACACAAAAUUGAACCAAACAUUGACCAAUGUGAUCAUCCCAACAUUUGAUAUCAAGCGCCUUCAACCAACCAUUUUUUCCAACUUCCAGCUGAAGGAGAGGCCAGAUUUGAAUGCGUUGUUAUCAGAUAUAUGCAUUUCAACCUCGGCAGCUCCAACAUAUCUUCCAGCUCAUUCCUUUGAAACCAAAACCCAACAUGGUCAUGUCAUAGGCAAAUUCGAUCUUAUAGACGGUGGUGUCGCUGCAAAUAACCCGACUCUGGUAGCCAUGGCAGAAGUGACGAACCAGAUUUGGCACGAAGGUUCAUGUGCAAACUUAAAUGUGGAAGCGAUGCAAUACGAUAGAUUUUUGGUGAUAUCAUUGGGAACAGGUUCUCAGAAACAGGAGAUGAAAUACAGUGCAGAUGAAGCAGCAGGAUGGGGUGUAUUGAGUUGGGUCACCACAACCAAUGGUUGCACUCCUUUAAUUGAUGCCUUUAGUCAAGCCAGUGUUGACAUGGUUGACUUUCACAUUUCUUCCCUUCUUCGAGCACUCAAUUCUCAACAUAACUACCUCCGAAUCCAGGACGAUACAUUAACUGGGGACUUGAGUUCAGUAGACUUGGCCACGGAGAAGAAUUUGAAUGAUCUCGUCAAAGUUGGAGAAGCAUUGUUAAAGAAACCAGUUUCAAUGAUUAACUUGAAGACUGGUGUCUAUGAACCUGCUAAAUCCAAUGAAACAAAUGAAGAAGCCUUGACGAGGUUUGCGGAACGACUAUCCAAACAGAAGCGAUUUCGUAAAUCUCAAAUGUCUGCCAAUGGAAAUCAUUAAAUGUUGAAAGGAUAUGAGAUAUCUAUUGUAUUGUAUGAUUAGUGUUUGAUAUUAUGAUUGGUGAUGUGUUAAAUAUGCAUGUAUGAUAAAGGUGCUUUAUAUAAUUAAUGUGAUUAAAAGUUUAGGGCGCAAGUGCUGAAGUCAAAUUGUCUGCUGUAGGGUGCAAGUGUCAUGUUCAAUUUUUAUUUGUGUUAAAAUAGAAUUGGACACUAACGAUUCUUAAGCACAAAUUAUAGUUUAAUUGCAAUUUUUAGGAAAUUGUGUUAGAUUAUAUGCAUGUGAAAAGAAAAAUAUCUACUGUAGUGAUCCUUAGGACAUUGUACUGAAUCACAUUAAAUUGAGUGUCCUUACAAACAUAAAUUAUGUCAUGUAAACACGUUGUAUUUAUUCAGUUUUAUGUACACAGUUACAAAACGCUUAG